AUGGCCGAGUCGGACGAUUCUGAAAAUGAGAGUACCACCACUAGCGGCCAGUGCGGACAGAUCCAAAACAGAAUUGCAGCCUGGAAAGCUGUAGAGCAGAAACACAAAGACAAGCAACUCAUAAAUCCCUUUUCAGAAUGGGAAGGGGCAUCAACUCGCCAAAAGCUUCGUCCAGAUGAUCCCGAAUACGCACACCCCGUUUCUGGGAGUAUGACCGCCAUGCGAGGGCAGGCUGCUGGACAACGCAUCUCGGGCGAAAUCCAAAAUCUAAUCCGUGUCAUUCGGAAUGUCGGACAGAAAAGCAAUGACGAUGGAUUGUAUCGGGUGACGUUUGGGAAACUUUUUGAGGUGUAUGUUACAAUCUCGAACAAGCUGGUGGGAAUUUUACUGCGUGCGCGGAAACAAGGACAAGUUCAAUUUGAAGGAGAGAUGCUCUGGCAGGGAAAAGAUGAUCGUGUGGUUAUAACACUUCUGAGUACCUCGGAGGAAGAAAACAGUUAA